AGAAUAUAUAUCUCUUUCUCACAACAGUCAACACAAUCUUAAAUAGAGAAAAAAGAGAGCUUUGAGAUUGACCUAGGUUAAGGGGGCAGCUUACGCCGACAACAACUGUAGAAAUUAUCAUUUAUUUUUUGAUACGUUUAUCCACAAUUUAGAGAGAAGUAUCGAUUAUAAAGAGAAAGAAGGCGAGGAAAGGAAAGUGAAUAUCAUAAAGAACCGAUGAUGAGAAACGUAGGGAGUUCGAGCUCCAGCGGGAAAGGCAUAGCGGCGGUGGUCGGCGUCGGUCCACAGCUUGGCCGUUCCGUCGCUCGAAAGUUCGCACACGAAGGCUACACCGUCGCCAUUCUUGCCCGCGAUCUAGGUAGGUUAUCUAGAGUGGCAGAAGAGAUAGCGAGAGAAGAGAAAGCGCAAGUGUUUGCUAUAAGAAUUGAUUGUGCGGAUCCAAGAAGCGUAAGAGAAGCCUUUGAAGGUGUGCUGUCUUUAGGGUUUGUGGAGGUUUUGGUGUACAAUGCUUAUCAUUCUUCUUCUUCUUACCCAAGCCACCAUCCAACUUCAUUCACCCACAUUCCGUUCCAAUCUUUCCAAACCUCAAUUUCCGUUUCUGUCUUCGCUGCAUUUCUGUGCGCCCAACAGGUUAUUCCGGGGAUGAUGGAUAAAGGGAAAGGAACAAUACUCUUCAGCGGUUGCUCGGCGUCAUUGAAUGGCGUUGCGGGUUUCUCCGAGCUAUGCUGUGGAAAAUUUGCGUUGAGGGCUCUUUCUCAAUGCUUGGCAAGAGAAUAUCAAGCUUUUGGAAUACAUGUGGCUCAUGUUAUCAUCGACGGUGUAGUUGGACCUCCAAGAGAAAGAAACAUCGCACCGAGAGGAACGGUCGCAGAGCAAUCAUUCAAUACUGGAGGCCAAGAUGGAGAAGGAGAAGGUGAAAGCUCGGGAGUGAUGGGAAUGGAUCCUGAUGUAUUGGCUCAAACAUAUUGGAGUCUUCAUGUACAAGACCAGAGAGCUUGGACUCAAGAACUCGAUAUCCGACCAUCAAACACAAGGUUCUAGUGGUUAAAAAUAUGAUUUGAUUCUUGGGGGUUUUGAUUUUAUUCAAUGUUCUUUUAGUCGUUUGGUACGUAUACGUAUGUGUGAUCAUUUGAUAUGUAUGUGUAUAUCUUGCAUUUGGAAUGUAUAAUAAGUAACGUUAAAGGGCUUGUUUAUGAUUGGUGUGAAUGAUCUGUCAAUCUCAUUUUCAUAACUUUUGGUUUCUACUUUGGGUGAGAUGUUUGGUCU